UUCCUUUCAUAUUAUGUGCCAAAUUUUGCCUGUAGAUGUGACUAACAAAAUAUUAGUUGUAUGUCAUGGAAGUUAUACUAUUGGAUUCAUAUUUGUAAGAGGUUUUCAAUGAUCCUAUUUUUAUGGUAUAUAACUUAUUUUUUUAUAGUUAAAUUAAAGGUCAAAGUUUGACCCAAAUAUAAUGGGACUAAUAACCAGAACGGAGGUAGUGGCAAUUAGCAGUUGGCUAUCGAUACGCUAUAGUGAUUACUCAUCAAACAACAGGCAGAUUCUUCUUUACACCAAAUGUAAUAUUGAUGUGCUUCUCUCCACUUCUCUUUGUAGCUUUUCACCUAUACUGUCGUUUCAUGUGCAGGAAUCGUCUGUCACUUCAUCUCCUUUCCAUUCUCUGUGAACAAAGGAAUCGUUGGUUUAAACAUAGGACAAGCCAACAAAAACGAUAGGAGGAAGAGAGAUAUUAUUACAAUGCAGUAAAUCUGCCCCCCUCUUGGAGACAAGCAAGAACCUCUGCAAACUGAAAGAAAGAAGGGAUGAUGAAGAAGGGGAAGUGGUCCAGGGAAGAGGAUGACUUUUUGAAAAAACACAUUGAGAAGUAUGGCAUUGGCCGUAGUUGGCAGGCAUUGGCUGAAACCCUAGGGCUUCAGCGUUGCGGCCGGGGUUGCCGAGCGCGGUGGCUGAACUACCUCCGGCCGGGACUGAAGCACGGCAACUUCACGCAGGCAGAGGAGAGCAUCAUCUGUGAGAUGUACAGCAAGAGGGGAAGCUGCUGGUCCGUCAUCGCCGCCCAGCUCCCCGGGAGAACGGACCUCGCCGUCAAGAACUACUGGAACGGCACCAUCUCGAAGAGGUUCCACUGGGCGAGCAGCGCGGCGGCCGCGCGCCGCAGGCGCAGCGUCCACCGCCCCUCCUCCAGCACGACGUCGGACGCCACCAAGCCGGAGGAGCUCGCGCUGGUCGUCCACGGCGAGGGGAGCUCCACGACAGGAUCGUCAUGCUAUGCCGGCGGCUUCGUGGACGCCCGCGUCCUGGCCGGCUCACUGCCGCUCGUGCAAGCGCGGCCACCGCUGGCGGCCGGCGGCUGGAACGCGGCGAAAGAAGAGGUCGGUGAGACGGUGCCGAUUGAGAGGAAGCCGGCCGUGGCGCCUGCGCCUCUGCCAGAGAAUGACAUGGUCUGCGCCCCCAUGACUGUGAUUCCCCUGGCGUCCAUGGAGCCGGACGACAUGCCUUGGAUUGACGGUUUCGACGAGAUCGACAGCUUCCUGCCCUGGUUCGAUGACUAGUAAUCAAGUGGCAACGUAGGUAGAAUGGUUAUCGUCAAUGGUCGGCUCCUUGGUUCAGGAGCAGCCGCAAGAUUGUCAUGUACUGUUAAACAUUUACUGUGUUGUCUUCCGAAAAAGAUUUACCAUGUUGUUAGGGUUGGAUGGGAUAUGAGCGGAAAGGUAAUUCCCAUUUGAAUCAUAACUGGGCGUGGCCUCUCUGUUGAUGUGAUUCCUAGA